GUUCACCUCCCCUCACGCUGGGGCAGGCAGGGGGGCCCCCCACUCCUGCCGUUACAUGGUGAGGUGGAGACGCCGCCAGCACCCAGAGAAUGGUGAAUAACACUGAAGACCCUCAAGAGGCUUUGUGACGUCCCAUCCCCAUGUAAAGUAUGCUCAGAACUUUUCCAGUAGUUCUGCUGGAAACCAUGUCUCACUACACAGACGAACCAAGAUUUACCAUAGAGCAGAUAGACCUGCUUCAGCGCCUGAGACGUACUGGAAUGACCAGACAUGAAAUCCUUCAUGCUCUGGAAACCUUGGAUCGUCUUGAUCAAGAGCAUAGUGACAAAUUUGGGAGAAGGUCUAGCUAUGGAGGUGGUUCCUACAGCAACAGUACCAACAAUGUCCCAGCAUCUUCCUCUACAGCCACAGCUUCAACACAGACCCAGCAUUCUGGGAUGUCCCCAUCACCAAGCAACAGUUACGAUACCUCCCCACAACCUUGCACUACUAAUCAGAAUGGGAGGGAGAGUAACGAGAGGUUGUCUGCAUUCAAUGGGAAGAUGUCACCUACCCGCUACCCACUUGCAAACAGCUUGGCUCAAAGGUCAUACAGUUUUGAAGCUUCUGAAGAGGACUUGGACAUUGAUGACAAAGUGGAGGAACUGAUGAGGAGGGACAGCAGCGUGAUAAAGGAGGAAAUCAAAGCCUUCCUAGCCAAUCGGAGAAUUUCCCAAGCAGUUGUUGCACAGGUAACAGGUAUCAGUCAGAGCCGGAUCUCCCAUUGGCUAUUGCAGCAGGGGUCGGACCUGAGUGAACAGAAGAAAAGGGCAUUUUACAGAUGGUACCAGCUUGAGAAGACAAAUCCUGGGGCUACAUUAAGCAUGAGACCCGCUCCUAUCCCAAUAGAAGAGCCAGAAUGGAGACAGACGCCUCCCCCAGUCACAGCUACCUCUGGGACCUUCAGACUACGGCGAGGCAGUCGGUUCACCUGGAGAAAGGAGUGCCUGGCUGUUAUGGAAAGUUACUUCAAUGAGAAUCAAUAUCCAGAUGAAGCAAAGAGAGAAGAAAUUGCAAACGCCUGUAAUGCAGUUAUACAAAAGCCAGGGAAAAAGUUAUCGGAUUUGGAACGAGUUACCUCCCUUAAAGUGUACAACUGGUUUGCCAACAGAAGAAAGGAAAUCAAGAGAAGAGCCAAUAUCGAAGCAGCAAUCCUGGAGAGCCAUGGAAUAGAUGUACAGAGUCCAGGAGGUCAUUCCAACAGUGAUGACGUUGAUGGCAAUGACUACUCGGAGCAGGACACUUGGCAAGUACGCAAUGGGGAGGAGGAGGGAAGAUGUUCAGAGGGAGGCAGAGAAGCAGAGAAGGUAGAAGAAGACAGGAGGAUCUGCUCCAAACAAGCAAGUUACACCAUUCACGCCACACGCAAUGAUGACAGCACUAGCCAUAGUGACCAUCAAGACCCCAUUUCUUUAGCCGUGGAAAUGGCAGCAGUAAACCACACCAUCUUGGCAUUGGCCCGGCAAGGAGCCAACGAGAUCAAGACAGAAGCUCUAGACGACGACUGAUACAAAGAGAGGGGAGGGUCAAAGCAAGAAGUAACUUAGUUUUAGACGUAGCACCUUAGCAGACUUUUCCUCAGUCCUUAAUAUGUGUUCUUACAGUAUAACUUUGCAGUUUCUUGUACGUCAGUUAGCUGUUAGGGUCUUGUUCUGUGAAGAUGGCAUGGUGCCCUCAGCCUUUGCAUAUACUCUCUCAGUAUUAAUUCCCAGUAAAUAAUCAAUCAACCAACCAACCUCCCUCUCCCAGCCCCAGUGGCUAGAAAAAUCUUGCUGCUCUGUCUUAGCAUUCAAAGUGCUUCCAGGUAUUUUAGACAGCCCUCAAUUACAAGUCUUAGGCUACACUUAAAACCUUGGAUAACCUUAGAGAUCGUGUUAAAAAUAGUCUGUAUGCUUUUCCUUCUCUGAGACUGAAAGGAUGCAAGCUGAGGUAGUGGCACAGGGUCGAUGGACACCAGAUCGGGAGUAUCACCAGAGAGUAAAAAGAACACUAGAAACCCCACUUCAGCAUGGGAAUAAAUCAUUUCCAGCUGCAAUAAGCCGUGCCUCACUGGUCAUACAGUGACUUGAUAUACUUUUGGGUGCUGUGCUGAGAAUGUCCAUUGGAAACACAUUCACGUAUUUUGGUUGAUGUUCACAUAUUCAACACAGACAUCCUCUACUCUCACAAGCUACGUGGCUUAGUGGAUAAGUACUGCCUUCUGCCUCUGGGACCAUGAUUGAAGCCCAGCCUGGGAUCAUAUGAAAAAUGAGCUGAAUGUCUAAUGGACAACAGUCCACUUCUCAAAACCACUAUUCAUUAUUUGGCAUGGCUAGCAGUGCCUGCUCAGAAGAGGUCUAGACUCUAUUGAUCUGUCAUUAACAAUUUUACCUAUUAUUCUUCCUCUCACCUUUUCUGUCCCCACCCUACUCCCCUCUCCACUUUGCUGCUUUCAAAAGCAAUGUUUUCCAGGAAAGCUAUUUAAGUCAUAAAAUGGGUGAGUGGAUUUUUACACAUCUGUGUAACUAAUGCCUACAUCCUGAGUAGCCUGAAAGGUUCUUGGAGAACUUUUGCAUCUGACCUUUGCUAGGAAACCAUCGUAGCAUAAAUAUUCUCCUAAUUACGAACUCUUUUUGUUUGUUUAAAGGCAGGAGGAUCUCUUACCUGAGAAAUGGGGUGUGAAUGUUUUGUGUUCUCUCUACUCUGUCCUUGUUAAGAUGUGAGAAAGCUCUACGGCUACGAGCAAUUUAAUUAAUAAUUGGAAGCCAUACUGAUAAUGGAUGUGGUAAUAUUUGUAAAGCAAACCUACUUUAAGUAGCAGAAACUAAUGGAAUUGUUUUCCUUGAUCAUAUGUAGCACUUUUGUUACUUUUUUCUUAAAGAUAUUUAUAUUUGAUAAGUCUUUUUUUUAUCAUUUGAGAAUUCAAAAUACCAAACAGCAAACUUGCAUUACAGAGUCACCCUGCGAUCACCUUGUCAUCUAGUAUCUAAAUGAUGAACUGUGUGUGCAUCUAAGAAAAUUACAUCUGCUAGCAUUGUGUGGAAAUGAUCUCCUGGCAUCCUGAUAAAAUGAUAUGCUGCUGCUGGUAAGAGGAAACAUUUCAAUGGAAACAGC